CACAAUCCGAAAAACCCAAUUCCACUGCAUUUCCAUUGAAAUUGAAGACCCUCAAACUCUCUCUGUCUCUAGCCCUCCCUCCCUCCCCUUCCAUUUCCACAACGGCUAAGAAGGAGGGGAGUCUGUAUCAUCAACCUAGUUUCCUAAUACCAAUAACAAUCCAACAUUUUAUGGAAACAAUCGCUUGAUCAGAUUUUCCUUUCAGGAGUUUAGGGGGCAGCUAUAUAUUAGCUAUACAAUGGAGAGUGGAGGGGAGUUGAUCAGAGAGAAUGGGGAGAGGAUUUUGGUGAGUGUGAGAUUGAGGCCGUUGAACGAUUCGAGCAACGAUGUUUCAGAUUGGGAAUGCAUCAGUAGUGAUACUCUUGUUUACAAGAAUGUCAGCCAUCUUGCUUCUGGGAAGUCCACCUAUCCCACUGCCUACACAUUUGAUCGCGUAUUCAGGAGUGAUAGCUCCACCAAAAUGGUAUACGAGGAAGGAGCCAAGGAUGCUGCUAUUUCAGUUGUCCAUGGAGUAAAUUCAACUAUUCUGGCAUAUGGUGAAACGAGCAGUGGGAAGACGUAUACGAUGACUGGGAUUACUGAGUGUGCUGUAGCAGAUAUAUAUGAGUAUAUACAGAAGCAUCCGGAGAGAGAGUUUGUUGUGAAGUUCGCUGCUAUGGAGAUAUAUAAGGAAUGUGUCCGCGACCUGCUUAGCACAGAUAACGCCCCUCUAAAACUCGUAGAUGAUCCAGAGAGAGGAACCGUGGUAGAGAAUCUCACCGAGGAAAUCUUGAAGGACCGAGAUCAUCUCACCGAGCUGCUUUUUAUCUGUCAAGCUCAAGGGCAGAAUGGAGACGGAUCGCCUAAUGAACUGAGCCCGCAAUCUCACCAGAUUAUUAGACUGACGAUUGAAAGCUCUCCCCGCGAGUAUUUAGGGUGGGACAGCUCCAGCACUCUUGCAGCUGCUGUGAAUUUCGUUGAUCUGGCUGGAAGUGAACGAGUAUCCCAAUCGUCAUCUACCGGAACAAGGUUCAAAAAGGGCAGACACGUUGAUCGCAGUUUGGUCACUCUGGGAGCUGUGAUUAGCAGCCUGGGCCAGGGAGGAAGUGAACACAUACCUUAUGAAGACUCCAAGCUAACUCGAAUCCUGCAAACAUCGCUUGGAGGAAAUGCUAGAACUGCCAUCAUAUGCACGAUGAACCCUGCUCGUAGCCACGUUGAGCGAUCAAGGAACACUCUUCACUUCGCGAGCUGUGCAAAGGACGUACCUACCUAUGCACAUGUCAAUGUAGUUGUGUCCGACAAAGCAUUGGUGAAGAAUCUGCAGAAGGAGCUAGCAAGGCUAGAGAAUGAGAUGAGAAGUAGUCCCUCCAAAAUCACCCCUCGAAAUUUCUCAACAUUACUCAGAGAGAAAGAUGCACAGAUUGAAAAGCUGGAGAAGGAGAUCAAAGAUCUAAUUCUGCAACGAGAUAUUUUCCAGUCGCAAGUUAAAGAACUAGUGAAAAUGGUUGGGGACACUGCAAGUUCAGUCACACAGGUAGGAGUGGGGAACUACCCUCAUUUACGAGUGCAACGAUCACCGGAUGUAUACGUCCAAGGCAAAACCAGUUGUAAAUUGGAUGAACCUCCAUACUCCGAUGCUGAUACCUCUGAUGUUCUGAGUCGGAGUAAUUCAGAAUACCAACCUGUGAAAGUUGCGUUUCUUGAUUUUGGGAACAGCAAUGCAUCUCCAGAUAUCAUAUCAAAUACUCCAAACUACACUGAGAGUGAACUGUUUUAUGGUUGGCACGAGAUUGAUAAACAAUCUAGUGCCGAUUUGGACGACUUAUGCAGGGAAGUUAACUGCCCCGACAAGGAGUUCUGCAGACACGGAGAGAAUACUUCAAAUUUCUCGUAUUUUCAGAACAACACUCGAUUUCCUGCAGGCAAGGUGCAUGUAAAUGGAAGUGAGCAAGGAAUCACGUCGUCUUCUUUGGAGGAUGACGAGGAAGUGAAGGAGGAAAUACCAUCAAGGACAAAGCCUGCCAAGGAAGGCCAAGAACCUACUUCAGAGACAAUGAUCAAUGGCGAAGAAUCAACUUCAGCAACGCCUGCAAAAGAGAGAGAUGAUCGUAGCUCCAGCCAGACUCCUGAGAAUGCUAGAUCAUCUCUUCGAAAGAAUUCUCUGACGCGUGAUCAAGCUAGAAUUGCGUUUCUCAACAGUAGUUUGCGGUUGGUGAGAAGUCUGAGCUGCAACUCUAGUCUUGUCUCCGACUCGCCCUCUCCAUGGUUCAAGAUCACAGACUACACACCAGAAAAAGAAUGUGAGAGGUGUAAGAGGAAACUGUGUGAAUUAAACUCUGGUUCCAGUUCGGAGAGACACAAAUCUCGCUCCGAAAACUCACGUGAUAUAGAGAGCGCCACACCGGCAAGAGAAACUUCGAGUGGUGACAAUUGUUCUCCCGACACAAAGGAAAAGGCUGAUGAUCUUCCCACAACUGAAGAAGAAACAACUAAGACAUCAGAGAAGGUGAACGUUGUGAAAAACAUGAUCACAUUAGAAGAUAAAGGCAGAGGUCUAACAAGUUGGCCAGUAGAAUUCAAGAGGCUUCAAAGAGAAAUAAUUGAACUUUGGCAUGCUUGCAAUGUUGCAUUAGUCCAUAGAACAUACUUCUUCAUGCUUUUUCAAGGUGAUCCCACUGAUGCUAUCUAUCUCGAGGUAGAAAUAAGGAGGAUGAAGUUGUUGAAGGACAAAUUCUCUCGAGGGGAGAAGAUUGAUGUCGAUGGACAACGCAUAUCGCUCUCCUCAAGUGCAAAGACUCUUCGUCAUGAGAGGCGGAUGUUGAGUGAGCAGAUGAUGAAGAAGAUGUCAGAAAGGGAAAGAGAGAAACUCUUCGUGGGGUGGGGAAUCGGACUCAACACCAAAAUGAGAAGGCUGCAGCUGGCUAAUCUGGCGUGGUCCAAGACAGGAGACAUAAACCACAUCAACGAGAGUGCGUAUCUUGUUGCAAAGCUAGUCGGGUUUCUUGAUCCUGGCCAGACUCCGAGCAAAGAGGUGUUCGGGAUGAAUCUAACGCCCAAGUACUCCACCGGAAUCUGCACUUAUAAACGCAGUCUUGGAUCUCUCCUACGAUGAUGAUGUUCUUCAAUACAUAUGGUUGCAUCUCGAUGCAUGUGUAAUAGUUUAUUGAUUUGUGAUAGGGGCCGUCUGAAAUUUUGCACACAUUGCUCUCUCCUGUUUUUGCAUUGAAGAAACAUCACAAAUUUACAUGA